AUGACAAGUUGUGGGAUUCUUUGGCUCUGUUUUCUGCUGGCAACGGCUCCUAUUUUGGCCAAGCCAAACACUGGGGCGGAUGAUCCCUUUGCCGAUGACCUGGACACGGAGUAUGCAAAACAAAUUAUCCGUCAGGCAAAGGUGGCCGACAUUAAAAACACAAUGAACCCUGAGGUGGCGGCAUGCGAUGACUUCUAUAACUACGCCUGCGGCAACUGGCAUCGUCAUAAUCCAGCCCAAAUACUGAGCAGUGUCAUUACCGAUACAUUUCAAAUGAUAGCCAAGGGAUUCGAUCGUCGACUCCAGCGCCUUUUACGUUCCACCGAUCUAAAAUCGGAGGAGGAAAAAAAGAUGCAGCGCUUCUAUUUGGCCUGCACCACUGUAAAUCGCGAUGAUGUCAGCUAUAAGCUGGCUCUGGAGAACGUCUACCGGGAGUUUGGUGACUUUCCGGCUCUGGCCGGUGCCCAAUGGAAUGGAACCGACUUCAACUGGUGGCGAACUGUAGCCCAGAUACAGCACAAGUACGGCAAACAGAUUAUCCUUGCCGUGGAUAUUAUGCCUGAUAUUCGUAACACUUCGGUGAAUCGUGUUUAUCUUGGUCCUGUGGCAAAGCAGCAAUCUUUUACGGGCUUCAUUAAUCUUCUGGAGAAAAGCGGCAUUGCCACGGAUAUGCACGACUAUUUGGGUCUAAGUGGUCCCGUGGCGAGACACACAACAGAGCAACUGCAGGACCUGGAGAAUGGUCUGUUAUCGGGUAGGUCAAUUGGCAAGUCUCUAGAGGAACAGCUUACUCUCUACACAAUGGAUGAUCUGCAGCAGAAGUACGGUGACCACUUAAACUUCACCGAGUUCUUUGGCCUGGUACUGGGCGAGGAGCAUGUCCCGGAUAAGCUAUAUGUCAAUGAUGAGGAGUUUUUGGAUAACGCACUCCUCACAAUGCGGAGCACUGCCCUUGCCACCCAGGCCAAUUUUGUAUUGUGGAAUUUGCUCCAGGACUACCUGGUGGACUCCAAGCCGAAUGACCUCGCCAAGUGGUGUACAGAGCAGACGAAGAAAUACUUUGGUCCACUUGGCGAGCACAUGGUGUAUGAGCGCUAUCGAAGUCCUGACUCGGAGGCGGAGAUAAAGCGCAUCUGGAACGAGGUGAGGGGCAUCUUUAUGGAGCAUCUAAGGGGCGACAAGCUGGACUGGAUAACAAACGCCACCAGGCAGCUGGCCAUCGAGAAGCUGAGCCACAUGCAGCUGCACAUCAACUCCUACGACAACGAGAACUUCGAGGAGCUGUACGGCGAGUUGGUCAUCGAUGGUCUCAACUAUGUGACAAAUCUCCAGCAAGUGCGGAUUGGUCAGGGCAAGAGGAAUUUUAAGAGUUUAGAUCAGCCAGCUCGUUCUCUGGAAGCCAUGGAGAUUCUGGGCUUCACGCCAGCCUACAACAUCCUGGAGAACAACAUUACAAUUCCAGUGGCUUUGCUUCAGCCACGUUAUUUCUGGGGUGACCAGUAUCCGGAGGCUUUGAAAUAUGCCACCUUGGGCUACCUUCUGGCCCACGAAAUGCUGCAUGGCUUCGAUGACGAUGGGAGGAAGUAUGAUGCAGCUGGAAACUUUGCUCCCUGGUGGGACAUCCGGUCGACCUACGAGUUCGAGGAGCGACGCAAGUGCUUCCAGGCACAGUACCACGAGUACAAGUACGGUGGCUCCAAGCUGCCAGAGAGUAGGGAACAAUCAGAGAAUAUUGCUGAUAAUGGUGGCAUCAAACUGGCCUUCAAGGCCUACCAGCGCUGGUUGGCCAGCCAGACGGAGGAGGUGCGUCAGCGGGAGACUCUGGAGGGUCUUUCUUUCAACGGUGAGCAGCUCUUCUUCGUUGGCUAUGCCCAGUUGUGGUGCGAUGAUGUCCAUUCCCUAUUCAAAAGCACGUUUGCUCAGGCGGAUAAUCAUGCACCGUCCAUGUACCGUGUGAUCGGCUCUCUGUCCAACUUCCAGGAGUUCUCCUGGGUCUUCAACUGCUCGCAGACGGCACCCAUGGAUCCGGAAUACAAGUGUGCCAUCUAUUAAAUAUUUUGGAGUUACAUUUGUAAAGAGAGAUUUAAAUAAAGAAAUUAUAAUUCUCAGCAACCGAA